UCCCCCUCCUCAGCUGUGUUGGAUUUUGGGGAGGGGAGAGAGCGCGCGCGUGAGAAAGAGUGUGUGUGUGUUUGUGAGAGAGAGAAAGAGGGGAACGCGGCUGGUUCAUCUGCGCCGCCGCCGCCGGAGUGGUUGGGAGCCCAUGGCAUUGGCGCUGGGAGGCUUUCCCCGCUCCGUCAGCCGCGGGAGGAGGCAGCAGGGACAAGCGACGACGCGACAACUCUCCUCAGCUCGGGGGGCCUCCUCGGUGAGAAGUGCGCGAGGCGGAGGCGCGCGCCUCGAACUGCGGCGGCAACUUUGGGGAGUUCUUUCCGGGCGUGGGAAAGAGGGCACCUGGGCGCCUGAGGGGAGCUGCUGCGUCCUCGCGCUGACGCCCGCUUGGAACAUGUAACUGGGGAAGCGCGAGAGGAGGCACGCGCGCACACACAUAUCCAGAGAGAGAAAGAGAGGGGUCUUGCUGCUACUGCUCCUUCGCCGUCUCCUUCUUCUUCUUCUCCUCUCCGAAGAUGAAGCUGUCCCUUCUCCUCCUCGGCUUCCUCGCCGUCGCCGGGACCCUCAGCGCCGCUCAGUCAGUUUGUGCUGGCACUGAAAACAAGCUGAGCUCGCUGUCUGAUCUUGAGCAACAGUAUCGGGCACUGCGCAAAUAUUAUGAGAACUGUGAGGUGGUAAUGGGAAACCUAGAGAUCACCAGCAUUGAACAUAAUCGAGAUCUCUCUUUUUUACGGUCUAUCCGAGAAGUCACAGGCUAUGUGUUGGUAGCUUUGAAUCAGUUUGAGUACCUUCCCUUGGAGAAUCUGCGCAUCAUUCGUGGAACCAAGCUUUAUGAAGAUCGUUCAGCAUUGGCCAUUUUCCUUAACUACAAAAAGGAUGGUAGCCUUGGACUCAGAAGGCUUGGACUGAAGAAUCUGACUGAAAUCUUGAAUGGAGGAGUGUAUGUUGGCCAGAACAGGUUUCUCUGCCAUGCAGACACUAUCCAGUGGGAAGAUAUUGUCCGUAACCCUUUAGCUUCCAACUUCUCUGUUGUUCCAAAAAACAGCAGUGCUGAUUGUGGACCAUGUCACAAGUCUUGUGGAAAUCGAUGUUGGGGACCUUCAGCAGAUGAAUGCCAGAGCUUAACAAAAGUGGUAUGUGCCGAACAGUGUGAUGGACGAUGCUACGGCCGCUCAGUCAGUGAGUGCUGCCAUCGGGAAUGUGCAGGAGGCUGUUCCGGACCCAAAGACACCGAUUGCUUUGCAUGUAUGAAUUUUAAUGACAGUGGGGCUUGUGUCACCCAGUGCCCUCAAACCUCAGUCUACAAUCCUGCCACUUUCCAGAUGGAAAACAACCGGGAUGGCAAAUACACCUAUGGAGCGUUUUGUGUCAAAAAGUGCCCACAUAACUUUGUGGUUGAUAUCAGCUCUUGUGUGCGUGCCUGUCCCAGCCCAAAAAUGGAAGUGGAAGAAAAUGGCAUCAAGACAUGCAAACCAUGCACUGACAUUUGCCCUAAAGCAUGUGAUGGCAUAGGAACAGGAAGUCUGAUGUAUGCUCAAACUGUAGACUCCAGUAACAUUGACAAAUUUGUCAACUGCACCAAGAUCAAUGGGAACCUGAUCUUCCUUGUCACUGGGAUUCAUGGGGACCCAUAUCAUACUAUUGAAGCAAUCGACCCACAAAAUUUAAACAUCUUCCAGACAGUGAGAGAGAUAACAGGGUUCCUGAAUAUACAAUCAUGGCCUGAAAAUAUGACAGAUUUCAGUGUGUUUUCUAAUCUGGUGACUAUAGGUGGAAGAGCCUUAUACAGUGGCCUGUCUUUGCUCAUUCUCAAGCAGCAUGGAAUUAGAUCGCUGCAGUUUCAGUCCCUGAAGCAUAUCAGCGCUGGUAAUGUCUACAUAACAGAUAAUAGUAACCUGUGCUACUAUCAUACCAUCAACUGGACCAGCCUCUUCAGCACUCCCAACCAAAAGACUGUGAUCCAUAGAAACAAGAAAGCAGAAAACUGCACUACAGAGGGGAUGGUAUGCAGCCCUUUAUGCUCGAGAAAUGGAUGUUGGGGACCAGGGCCAGACCAGUGUUUGUCCUGUAGGCAUUUCAUCAGAGGAAGGACCUGUGUAAAGGCUUGUAACCUCUAUGAUGGAGAAUACAGAGAGUUUGCAAAUGGUUCCGUCUGUGUGGAAUGUGACUCUCAGUGUGAGAAGAUGGAUAACAACAGGAUCACAUGUAGGGGACCGGGACCAGAUCAUUGCACAAAAUGUUUCCAUUUUAAAGAUGGCCCCAAUUGUGUGGAAAAGUGUCCUGAUGGUGUACAAGGGACAAACAGCUUCAUUUUCAAAUAUGCUGAUGAAGACCGUGAAUGCCACUCUUGCCAUCCAAACUGUACUCAAGGGUGUAGAGGUCCCACUAGUCAUGACUGCAUUUACUAUCCGUGGACACGCCAGUCCACUUUACUACAACAUGCUAGAACUCCCCUGAUUGCUGCUGGAGUGAUUGGUGGCCUCUUCAUCAUCGUCAUUUUGGGCUUGACCUUUGCAGUCUAUGUGAGGCGGAAGAGCAUCAAAAAGAAGAGGGCCUUACGAAGAUUCUUAGAGACUGAGUUGGUUGAACCCUUGACACCUAGUGGCACUGCUCCCAACCAAGCACAGCUCCGUAUUUUGAAGGAAACAGAACUAAAACGUGUGAAGGUCCUUGGAUCUGGAGCCUUUGGAACUGUGUAUAAGGGUGUUUGGGUUCCAGAGGGAGAGAGUGUGAAGAUACCCGUGGCUAUUAAAAUCCUAAAUGAGACAACUGGCCCAAAAGCCAAUGUGGAAUUCAUGGAUGAAGCUCUUAUAAUGGCAAGCAUGGACCAUCCCCAUCUUGUACGACUCUUAGGUGUCUGUUUAAGCCCAACGAUCCAGCUGGUCACUCAGCUUAUGCCUCAUGGCUGCCUACUGGACUAUGUCCAUGAACAUAAGGAUAACAUUGGUUCCCAGCUUCUGCUUAAUUGGUGUGUCCAGAUAGCCAAGGGUAUGAUGUACUUAGAAGAAAGAAGACUGGUUCAUCGAGACUUGGCAGCUCGAAACGUCCUGGUAAAAUCACCAAACCAUGUGAAGAUCACAGACUUUGGCCUGGCCCGGCUCUUGGAAGGGGAUGAAAAAGAAUACAGUGCAGAUGGCGGGAAGAUGCCGAUUAAAUGGAUGGCUCUUGAGUGUAUACAUUACAGGAAAUUCACACAUCAAACUGAUGUUUGGAGCUACGGCGUCACCAUUUGGGAGCUCAUGACUUUUGGUGGAAAGCCCUAUGAUGGAAUCCCAACAAGAGAAAUCCCCGACUUGCUUGAGAAAGGGGAGCGCUUGCCACAGCCUCCCAUCUGCACCAUUGAUGUUUACAUGGUGAUGGUGAAAUGUUGGAUGAUUGAUGCUGACAGUCGACCUAAGUUCAAGGAGCUGGCUGCUGAAUUUUCAAGAAUGGCUCGAGAUCCUCAGAGAUAUCUGGUCAUUCAGGGUGAUGAUCGUAUGAAGCUCCCAAGCCCAAAUGACAGCAAGUUUUUCCAAAAUCUGCUGGAUGAGGGAGACUUGGAAGACAUGAUGGAUGCCGAGGAAUAUCUGGUCCCUCAGGCAUUUAACAUUCCACCACCCAUCUACACUUCCAGAGCAAGAAUGGACUCCAACAGGAGUGAAAUUGGACACAGCCCUCCUCCUGCCUACACCCCUAUGUCAGGAAACCAGUUUAUCUACAGAGAUGGGAUGCUGGCUGCAGAACAAGGAGUUCCUUUGCCAUACCGAGCUGCCAUACCAAGCAUAGCACCAGAACCUCCCAUCUUGCAAGGUGCUGCAGAAAUCUGUGAUGAUACUUGCUGUAAUGGCACUUUACGGAAACAGGUAGCUAGUCUUUCACAGGAAGACAGUAUCACUCAGAGGUACAGUGCAGACCCAACUGGCUUCAUAUCAGAGCGGGGGCCAAGAAAUGAGCUGGAUGAAGAAGGCUACAUGACUCCAAUGCCAGAAAAGGCAAAAGCAGAUCAUCUACAUCCAGUGGAGGAGAACCCAUUUGUGUCUCGGAGGAAGAAUGGUGACCUGCAAGCCCUGGACAACCCAGAAUAUCACAACAACAGCCAAAAUGGGCCACCCAAAGUGGAGGAAGAAUAUGUGAAUGAGCCAUGGUACCUCAACACCUUUGCCAGCACCUUUGAGAAUUCUGAAUAUCUGAAGAAAAAUGGGCUUCCAUUGCCUGAGAAGCCCAAGAAGGCUUUUGAUAACCCAGGUUACUGGAAUCACAGCCUGCCUCCACGAAGUACCCUACAGCACCCGGACUACCUGCAGGAAUAUGGCACAAAAUAUUUUUACAAACAGAAUGGAAGGAUCCAGCCCAUUGUGGCAGAGAAUCCCGAAUACCUCUCAGAGUUCACCCUGAAGCCCGGCACUAUGCUGCCUCCUCCACCCUACAGACACCGAAACACAGUGGUGUAAUCUCAGAUGUCUUCAAGAAAUGAGGAAUCCAUACCAGCACACUCUUUUCUCUCUCACACCCUCUCUUUUUCCUCCCUCCCUUCCUCUCUUAAUUUCUCGUCUCCUUUUCUUAACAGUCCCCCUACCCUCCAUCCUGCCCCCAGUUUGAUGUCUACAAAUCGAAAGCUAUAUUGAAGUCAUUUGUUCCAGAAAGCUGGGAAGAGCGAAGCACAGAUAAAAGAUGGGGAAAAGCCAGCCGUUUCUCACUUUUCAUGCAGCUGGAAAAGGAAGAGGUCAGACAAGCCCAUGAAUACUAGUACAAGCCAGUGGCAGUGUUGCCUGCUGUCAAGCUAGUUCUCCGUGUAGGGAUUCAGUUUGGAUGCUGCAGGGAAAGUCACACAGUGUCAAUUUCUAUCAGUGGGAAAUGCUGUGCGCUGCCGGAGCAUUCCUGGAGAAAGCAAUGCCAUUUUGGAAUGCGGGUGGGGCUGUGAGGUGAAAAAAGGACAAUUUUUAUAUCAUAAGUAAUGACAUAAUAACUGAGAUUGAGAAUCCAAUUUAUUUCUUUAACACUUUUUAUUCUGCCACCUAAACACAAUGCCUAACUGAGCUUGCUAUACCCAUUGGCUUCACCGUGGCCACCUAAGGAGUCAUGUCAAAAGAUCUGAAAACUCUUCUCUUCUGCCAGUUCCCUUUUUGCAUCAUUUUUGGGUAGUUUGGGGUCUGUUUCCUAAUAGGAGAGAUCCCAUUAUGCCAUGCUUCUGUACAUGUCAGCAUCACCGGUUUUCUACAGAUCAAACAAGAACAAAAAUUAUUUCAGGAUCCAAACAACAAAAUUAUAGGGAAACACAAGCAUCGUGCAUCCUGAGAUCAAAAUAUCUACCAAGAUUUAUAUGCAUAAGGCCUCUUGUUCAUAUUUUAUACUUGUUGAAUACAAAAUAUAGUAAUUCUCCCCUCCAUUUCAAAUUUGAAGGCACUAGGCAACACUGAAGAUUGUAGAGAGUGGGGGAGAAAAUUAACUUUUUAUGUUAUUUUAUUUUCCUUUUGGGUAAAAUCCACUCGCUGCUAAAGGAGGCAAAGUUGGGAGGGAGACUUUAAACUGGAAAGAAGACCGUGGCUGGGUAAAAUGCACAUGGCAGAUCACUGGAAGAUUAGUUUGCACUUGUUUUGCCUUGGGUUUAUUUUUAUUUUAUCCUCACUUGGAACUGUAUUCUGGAAUCUGAAUGAAGCAAUAUGGAAGUGACCAGCAAAAUAAAAUAAUUUAAAAUGUAAAAUGAAUUAUUAUAAUAUAUUAUAUAUUAAAAAUUAAAAAAAGAGGACUGUGGAAUUGCCAAAACAAAGUGAAAUCAAGCCUUUGGAACUUCACCCAUCGAGGCAGCGAUUGCUCAUGGGAAUAUAAUGGGAAUAUAAUGAGGUUGCCUCAUGAAGGAAAGUGGAGCAAACAAAAAUGGACUUGCGGGGGGAAGGGUAGAGAAAAUGGACAAGACUGACUUGAACUAACCAUGAAAACACUACUGUGAGACAACUGUCUGCGAAUUAUUGCUCUAGCACAAAGAAGAAAUGCUAAACAAGAAUUUGGAAAUUAGGAUUGUGCAAAACCGUUAUGUUCUCCGUCAUAUCUGUAAAUAAUUUCCGUGCACUUACAAAUUUCUCUUCAUCUUUGGUUUUUGACAUGCUGAUUUUUUAAAUUUUAUUUUUAGCUUCUUCCUUUCAUAGUUGGGAUGAUUGUUUUUAUGCUAGAAUUUUAAUUGUAGCUUUGACAGUGGAAUAAGCCAACUGGCACAAAGGCAUGGGGAAAGGCAUG